CAGGGGGCAGUUCAGAUAGGCAGUCUUGGGGGGGCUCGUGACGAGAGAUUGUCGAUGGGCGGUGGCAGAGGGUUUAGUCAGUUUACUGAUAUGGGACCGCCCCCCGGAGAGAGUGAUUCUCGGGGUGACCUGAGUGUCGGCGUGCAGGCCCUAUUAGACCAGAUCAGCGCCGUGCAGCCAGAGACUUUCACCCCUGCCAUGCGCAGAGAGUUGGGAGCGUCGGCAGCCGAGGCACAGGUAGAUGAGGACCUUACACCCCCUGGAGAGACAUUUGUAGAGAGGCUGGACAGACUUGAUAGUCGCCGAGCUUGCCUCCUGGCACGAGCCGAUCCCAGGACGCAGGAGUUGGGUCGUCAAGCAGCGGAGGAGCGACAAAGACAGUUGGGGACGUUCAUGGAUAUGCCCCAUGACGCACAGGCGGCUGGCCACAUCGAUCCGGUGACAGAGGUCGAUACCGGGGUUGGACAUAGAGAGGAGGCGAUCGGUGGACCUGACAGAGACAGACAGGAGGCGUCACUGAGUUUGGUGGUCCGCACGGUCGUGGGGCCGGUGGUGCCACAUGAGGCACCAUUUCCUGUAGAUCCGAUGCGUUGUGCAAGUGGUGUCGCCUCGAUCGCAGAGCGACGUGUAGGCAGGGGCAUGUGCGCACCUCCGAUCCCGCCUUUCGCACCGUCUAGGGAGACGACACAGCCGAGGUAUGUGCCUCAGCCUCGUGGCACCCUUGCUUUCGGUUGUAUGACCGCCGAGGAGUUGGAGGCGCACGGCACGAUGGAUUACACCGAGAUCGACACAAGCCGACCAGACUUGACUUGGGCGCCAGCCAGCCCUAGCUUACCAUCUGGAGGUUCUACUGUGGCGCCCUCUCACUGGGCUGGAGGGCCGUUGUCACCCCCGACCGUAGAUGUCCAGUCGCGCGGCAGUCACACCCCAAGGUUGGCUGCCCGCAUACAGAGAGACACGAGCGACUGUGGACGGGACACAAUUUUGUUCCGUCGCACUGAUCGGCCAUGGAGCGAGACGAGACGGGUGGCAUCGGCGAGCACGGGUCGUCAGCCCGGUUUGAGAGGGGUUUCCACGAGCGGGGGUCGUCGAGAUGUUGUGGCGUCAGGGUUUGGUGACAGAGGCGGGGACAGUGGCGGCAUUGGUGGCGGACGUGAGGGCACGAGCGAUGCGGAUGCGGAGGCAAUACAGCGGCCACUGAUGUACGGUUCGAGAGAGACCUCCAUCAUUCUAGAUGAGCCCGAGGUCGGGCGACGAGCCAGGCAGGCCCGACACGUGCCGAUCGAUCGACACCAGGAGGGGGAGACUUCAGGGGCAGACGGUCUGCCUAUGCGCCGUGAGUCUCGCCGACAUGUUGAUUUGGCAUCCACAGGCGUCAGACCGCGUAGCGGCAGGAGAGUUAUCAUGGACGACGACCCGGACGACCUUCCUGAGCCGUCCACUGCUGGUCGCGGCCAGCAAUGCCAAAGAGGUCGAACACGAGGCACUGGUCAGACACAUGGACGAGGUUCACGUCGGUCAGAGCAGCGUUCGCCUGCAGACGAGGAUCGUUGACUGUGUUCAGACUUCCGUUUGUUUUCUUCGUUUUGUUUUGUGUAG